AUGGAUUAUGCCAUCAUGAAUUCAAUCUACGAUGAGAAAGUCGGCGGGGAAGAGGGCGGUUUGGGAACAGAGAGUCGGAUUCCUCUCGGAGAUUUGAUCUCCGAUUGGAACGUCACUUUCCGACGUUCGGGAGGAAUUGGGGAAAAACUUGACGAAAAGGAUCGUUUUAUUGUCAGUAACGAGCUAUUCGUAUCUGCGAUCGGGAUAUUCGUUCUUGCUAUUGUCUGUGCGAUCUACCAUCUAUUCGAGAUUCAUAUUACUCGGAAAUAUCAGAAUACCUUGGACACGCCACCGGAAUUCAUUCCGGUUCGGAAUCAAGAACCUCCAAGACCAGCUGGGCCAAAAUUAAGUUUGGAUCAACCACAUUGCGGCCCACCACCACCACCACCACCCUAUAAUCCACUGUAUCGUUAG